CGCAGCAGGACCGGGGAGGGUCACGGGCUGUGUGACACGCCCUGCUCACUUAGAGGCUCAUAUUGGUGUAGCGGUCUGUCUCUCUGCUCUAGUCUGCAGAUAGACAAGCAGGCAGUCUGUCGACUUUAUAGAACCGGGCUUUUCUUACCCUGGAGGUAUCCUGACGAGCCAGAGCCAGGGGCGGCCGGUGGGAGGAGGCAAAGAGACGGCAGCUGCUGCGCCGCACAGCCUCUUUGACAGCUUCAAGAGGAAGCAUCCACCAGCACCGACCGAUGUCUACGGACUUGUGUGAAGGCCGGGACCUCGACGGGUUAGGAGAGCAAGCAACAGACGCACAAACCAGACUGACAGACAUCUGCGGUGGCGCAACGGGUAGCAGCAUGGCGUCCGUAGUGGAAUACUACGCUGGCAAGAAUGUGCUGAUCACGGGAGCCACGGGCUUCAUGGGAAAAGUGCUGGUGGAGAAGCUGCUGAGGUCCUGCCCUGAGGUCAAAGCCCUUUACAUCCUGGUCAGACCCAAAGCUGGGCAGUCCAUGCAGCAGAGGGUCAGCGACAUGAUGAAGUGCAAGCUUUUCGACCGUGUGAGGGAGGAAAACCCCGAUUUCCACCAGAAGAUCAUCCCAAUCAGCAGCGAGCUGACGCAGCCGGGCCUGGCCAUCAGCCCAGAGGAUGUGGAGAAGCUCACCACCUGCAUCAACAUCGUCUUCCACUGCGCCGCCACCAUCCGCUUCGAUGAGCCGCUCAAACACGCCCUGCAGCUCAACGUGAUCGCCACACAGCAGCUCCUCAGCCUGGCCCAGCAGAUGCAUCACCUCGAGGCCUUCAUUCACAUCUCCACCGCCUAUGCAAACUGCAAUCGCAAGCACAUUGAUGAGGUCAUCUACCCGCCGCCCGUCGAGCCCAAGAAACUUAUAGACUCCCUUGAGUGGAUGGACGAUGGCAUCGUGCGGGACAUAACGCCACGGCUCAUCGGUGACAGGCCCAACACGUACACCUACACCAAAGCCCUGGCUGAGUACGUGGUGCAGCAGGAGCAAGACAAGCUCAACAUUGGCAUCAUCAGACCCUCCAUAGUGGGAGCCAGUUGGCAAGAGCCCUUUCCUGGUUGGAUCGACAACUUCAACGGGCCAAGCGGCGUCUUUAUAGCUGCGGGAAAGGGUAUCCUGCGCACCAUGAGGGCCAACAACGAUGCGGUGGCAGAUCUGAUCCCUGUGGAUGUGGUCAUCAGCCUCACUCUGGCUGCUGGCUGGUACACUGCUGUACACAGACCUAAAACGGCCCUGGUGUACAACUGCACGACCGGCGGCAUCAACCCUUUUCACUGGGGAGAGAUCGAGCACCACGUGAUGUCCUCCUUUAAGAGAAACCCCUUGGAGCAGGCUUUCCGAAGACCCAACGCCAACAUCACCUCAAACUACCUGAUAAACCAGUACUGGAUCCUGGUCAGCCACAAGUUCCCCGCUUUCAUCUACGACCUCUUCCUGCGCCUCUCCGGGCAGAAGCCGCAGAUGAUGCGCAUCUUCAAUCGCCUGCACAAGGCCAUCAGCCUGCUGGAGUAUUUCAGCAGCCAGGACUGGGAGUGGAACUCUGAGAACAUGAACAUGCUGAUGGGCCAGCUAACCCCUGAGGACAGGAAGACAUUUAACUUUGAUGUGCGCCAGCUGAACUGGCCUGAGUACAUUGAGAACUACUGCAUCGGCACCAAGAAGUAUGUCCUGAACGAAGACAUGUCUGACAUUCCUGCUGCCAGGCAGCACCUGAGAAAACUGAGAAACAUUCGCUACACCUUCAACACCCUGCUGAUCGUUUUCAUCUGGAGGGUGUUUAUCGCCCGCUCCCAGAUGGCCAGAAACAUCUGGUACUUUGUGGUCAGCCUCUGUUUCAAGUUCCUCUCCUACUUCCGUGCAUCCAGCACCUUAACCAUUUGAGUCUUCCUCACCGCCUCAAGCCAGAGUCAGCAGCCCUCGCCUUUAGCUGUCAGCAGGAGGAAAACAUCCACUGUGGACACUCUAAAUCCUUCUUAAUGUGGACAAGCGGGGCUCUGCACACGUGGGGGUGGCAGUUAUGUGAAGAAGAGGGGAAAAAUGAGGUCUACUAGCCAUGAAUUAAGCAUUCAGUUUGGAUAUCUGUCAUCGGUUUGUGCACUCUUCAAUCUCCAACCCCGUCCAAAAAGAAAAGUGUUGUCAUUCAUUUUGUACCUACUGUUUUCGUCUCAAAGUGGCCAAUUAUAUAUGCAACAAUAAG